AUGAAUCAUCUCAACAGGCAACCGCCUCCACAACCUCAAUACUGGUUGUCAACAUAUAUAAACCAAUCCCUAACAUACCUUACUCGACUAUUAUAUAAUGAAAUCAAUAUAGACCCGAUUGAAGAGACAAGACGCUUCCUGUUGGACUUCUACGGGAAGUAUGGUGCACAGCAUCCAGCAUUUAGAGACUCAUCCUACAAUGAUGCCGUUCAAUUCGCACGCUCACAGUUCAAAAUGCUUGUUGUCUACGUCCACUCUGACAAGCAUCCCGGUGCACAAUCCUUCUGCCAAGAUGUUAUAUUUACAGAUGCAUUCACAAGGUUCAUUGAUGAGAACUUUAUCAUUUGGGCAUGUGAUGUACGAUCGAGCAAUGGAUUGAAGAUAUCAAACUUGUUGGAAGCGACAACAUAUCCAUAUAUGGCACUCAUUUGUUGUAAUAAUAUACCAGGUCUUUCCAAUGGCUCACAGACACUACGUCUCGAAUCCUUCCAAGGCUCCACACUCAACUCUGACAACGUCGUCACACUCUUGACCAACGCCGCGUCAACCUAUGAACCAUCACUCAUUGCAUCAAAGGCCGAUCAUGACCAGAGGGAGAUGGAUAGAAUGAUUAGAAUGGAACAGGAUGAAGCAUAUGAGAUGUCAUUGCGCGAGGAUCAGGAGAAGGAGAGGAGGGCAAGGGAGGCAGAAAGACUUAGACAGGAGGAGGAGGAUAGAGUGCAGAGAGAAGAGGAAGAGCGUGAGCAGGCCGAGAAGGAAUUGAAGCUGAGGAAGCAACAAAAGGAGCAAAUGUUCUCAAAGGAGCCUACUGGCACCGACAUCACCAGACUGGCAAUUAGGCUGGUCGACGGAUCAAGAGUACAGCGAAGCUUCUACAUCACAGACACUGUCAAGUUCGUUAUGGACUAUGUAGAUACCAAGAUUGAUGAACCAAUCGAGGAGUUUGUUCUUUCCACCAACUAUCCCAAG